GGUGAAAAGAGUGGGCGUGGUUGAGUGGUAAGGCUAAAGCAACCGACUGGGGAGGUAUAUCUCACACAGCCAAAAGUCGGACACUAAUGUGGUUUUCCAACAGCAAGGCUCAGAUCAACAUGGCAGUGUUGCCAUUGUUAAUAAAAUGUUUUCAUUGUAAUGUUGAAAAAAACAUGUCUCCUAACCACAAACGGAAAUCAUACGUGUGUACAUUGUACAAUCAAUUACUGAGAGAGCGCCUCAAACAUCACAUUCACAUCACGGCACAGUUGGUUCCUGUUUCAGUCAUGUCUGGUCACGUAAAAAAAAACAAUGAUUGGUUGGCAAUAAAGCCUCCCACAAUGCAAGAGAUGGAUGCAGGAUGUUAUGAAAAGAAACUUGCAGUUGACUGCAGUCAAAACGUCAUGACCUUAGAUCACAUGAUUUUUGUAAUGCUGUUGACAUGUAGGCGCAAGUCGGACAGUUAUUAUCCCCAUAAUGCAACACACUUUGAAAAGCCGACAAAAGUGAUCCGCUCGAACGCGCCCAGUGUGCCCCCUCUUGGGGACUGAACAUCACAGGUUAACAAUGCAGUGUGUGCAUGCUCGGUUGCUCGUUUAUUGACUGAGUGGCGUGACAAAAGUUGCAUUACCGCCCCCUGUUGUGCAGUUUGUGUAAUAGGUGAUCUGAUUAAAUCUUGGCUGUCCAGGAAGGGACUAGUAGGAAAGAUGAUAUCUGUGGGGUAGCUCUAAUGAUAGCUAAACAAUAAACAUUUAGCCACUUAUAGCUAGCUAUUUAGCUAUGACCAUAUAAUCAAUUUGCUGUGGUUGAAUGCAAUCUCUGUGUAUAUGCAUUUAGACAAUUUCUUCUGUUACUCAGCUGUCAAUCGAAAACGCAUUGAUUCUUCAGCCAGAUGACAAACAUUGUCUGGUUGCCAGAUCCAAAUGUUAUGUAAAGAUGGGAGAUUCUGAUAAUGCAUUGAGGGACGCAGAGGCCUCUCUCAAGGAGGACAAAGAAUUCUUCAAGGGUUUGUAUCAGAAAGCGGAAGCUUUAUACACCAUGGGAGACUUUGAGUUUGCCUUGGUGUUUUACCACAGGGGGCACAAACUGCGGCCAGAGCUGCAGGAAUUUAGACUGGGAAUCCAGAAGGCCCAAGAGGCUAUCGACAACUCUGUGGGCAGCCCCUCAUCUGUGAAACUGGAAAACAAGGGGGACCUGUCCUUCUUCCACAAAGCAGAUGAGGUGAAGAAGGGACGGCCGAAGGGGCUGAUUCACCCCCCGAGAAGGGAGAUGAGGCAGCAGAACAAGAAGACGCCUAAGAGUGAGAAGACAGCCAAGCAGCUUCUGGGAGAGCUCUACAGCGAUAAGGAGUACCUAGAGAAGCUACUGAAAGAUGAAGACUUGGUGAAAGGUAAGAUGCGGGGUGGGGAGAGACUGCAGGACCUCAUCCUCAACUGCAUCACCUAUCUGGACACACGCACUGAGUUCUGGCGCCAGCAGAAGCCCAUCUACGCACGGGAGAGAGACCGCAAGCUCAUGCAGCAGAAGUGGAACAAGACCCGGCAGAACCCUCCCUCUGAUCCCACCCGUUUUGUACUCAAGAGCCUGGAAGAGAUUGAUGCAGCUUUGACUGCAGGCAAUGCAGAGAGCAGCCUGAAGAAAGCUCGGGAGGUCCUGAAGUCAGUUCAAUGCUGGUCAGAGGAGGUGGUUCCCAAUAAGAAAGAGGUGCUGGGGAACCUUCACAGCUGCAUUGGAAAUGCCCUGAUUGACCUGGGGAAAAUGGACAGAGCACUAGACAACCAUCAAAAGGACUUGGACCUGGCCAGGCAAUGCAAACUCCCAGAGGCAAAGUCAAGGGCACUUGAUAAUGUUGGCCGAGUGUACGCCAGAAUAGGAAAGUUCCCACAGGCUAUCGAUGCCUGGGAGGAAAAGAUCCCCCUGGCCUGUGGCGGUCUGGAGAGGACCUGGCUGUUCCAUGAGAUAGGCCGCUGCUACCUGGAGCUGAAGCGUCACACCGAGGCCCGGGACUAUGGCGUUCGCUCACUCGCUGUAGCCGAUGAAAUCGCUGAUGAGAAGUGGCAACUGAACGCCUGUGUGUUGGUGGCACAGUCAGAGAUGAAGCUUGGCAACUUUAAAUCCGGUGUUGCCCACUUUGAAAGAGCUUUGGACAGGGCUAAGGUUCUCCAGGAUGACCCUGCGAGGGAUGCCAUCCAGAAGGCUCUCCGUGAGGCAAGGCAACCUUUAUGAGCGCUCAUCAGAAGAUGACUGAAGAGGAGCCACAGACAGAUUUUCAAAGACAAUGUAAUAAAAACGGUCUUUUAAAUAUGCUUCUCUGACCUCCACUUGAGUUUUUUGCAUACUUUAUUUUAUUUUUUGAUUUACGUAUUUAGAAAUAGAAAAAUUGCACACGUACAAAAUGUACAUACCCCUUACAGAAUAAACUUAGGAGAUACAGCUGAGGAAAGGACUUCACUUGGGUGGGAACAAAAUUGAAUUAUCCUAUGAUGUAUUACUUUGAAAAUCUAUUAUUCAUCUACACAGGAAUUCAAUCAUUACAGCUAUGUAGUAUAAUUUGAUGUCUUCCUUUUCAUUUAUGUGUUUCCUGUAGUAUUGCAAUAAAUGCAUGUUUCCAAUGUAAUGUUUUGUAGUGUCUCAUUAAUAAAGCGUUUUGUUAAGCCUUG